CAACCAUCGUUCUGACCCAAUAAAGAGGUCUAAUCUGAAAAAACAAAGAGAACUGCGGUCGUUUCGCCGAAUUGCAGGGAUUGUACAUUAUUGUGUAGAGAAAACUGCGCUUAAAAAAAGAAAUGUUAAUUUGAUCUGAGCCAUGUUUUUGUUUUGGAACUGAGAAGGAAAACAACGUCAGAGAGGAAAGGCCUGAGUAUGAUGCAACGUUUCGCGAAGGGGGAUUCAAAAUCAAGAUACACGGUGUCCUCUCAAUUUUUGAGUCUUCGUGGAUCAUCGAUUUCCGUGAAUCUUAAAAUCAUACAACCUUUGGCCCACCGUAUCCAUACCCAUCAUCUGUCAGCACUUGGUCUGUAACCUUGUAUAUCUUCACAAUUCAAGUACUCGUCUCAGAAGCAAAACCUGCCACUUUCAUUCAGGUAGUGGGUUCCAAACCUUCCCACAUCCCCUCCUGAGCAAAACAAAACUUUUUCAGAUCCCCUCUAAAUCUUUAUCAGUCCCCCUAAACCCAUAUCUACAGUUUUUUAGGCCUCUGUUGAGGUGAAAGGUUUCUGAAUAUCUAGCAAAUUUAUAUACCUCAUAAAUUGUUAAACUUCAGUUUCACCCUUCACUAGUCUCUUCUGCUCUAAACCAAAUCUAUUCAGUCUAUCCAACAUCCUGAUAAAUGCAUCUGCAACCCUGUCCUGUAUAAACCCAUAAUUUAGCAGGGUUAGGAGAAGUGUGCACAAUACUCCACCUGUGCCCAAACCGGUGUUUUAUAAAGCUGUUCCAUAACCUCCCUGUUCCUUUGUGCUGUGUUGAUGAAAAUAGUGCAUCUUUUAAAUGAAACUUUGAUAAUAACUCUGAAGCAUCUUAACUGCCCUCCUGAAAACUACAUGCUGUGAAGAAUCACAAAGUAAUUUCUUGGAGAGGUUGACAUCAGUUAUGCAGGUAAUGUGAUGUUUCCAUCUGAGCUGGUUGAAAAACACCUUCAGGACUGUGAAUGUUGCUCACCGGCUCAGACAAUGGAUUAGAAAGAUUUUGCUGAGACAGAGUUGCUGUGGAGACAAUGAUUCAUUAUUCUGAGGUGCUUGCAGGUAGUCUGAAGCAUGAGGAGGACGGGGAAAUACUGCUCGCAAACCGUGCCCUGAGUUUGUCCUGAUCCCUGAAUAUUUGUUUCCUUAGCCAAAAUCCGUUGGAACUAAUGUCAUUGGUGUACAUGUAGAAAUUAACUUCAUUUUUGGGUAUGUUCUUGAGGGAUGACAUAGACAUAAUAAAGAGCAGGGGGUAGAAUACUGGUUUAUAAACAGAAAGAAAAAUUGCAGUAGUGAUUUUUUUGUCUCUGACUAGAUAGGUAAUAGUAGAACCUAAUUAGUGACCAUAUUAUUGGCUCCAGAAUGUGUGGUAACCUCUGGAUGUAUUUUGCAGUUUCAAAGGUAGACUGAAAUAUUCAGGAAAUAGUUGGUAAAGCUUAAUUCAUAUAUACAUGAGCAAUGUUAUAUUUCUUUUUAUGCCUUCUAGAAAUAAAUCCAUAACCAUUUCCCAGGAUGGAAAAUACUGAAUGUGUUAAAGAAGAGCUUCACACUCAUGUAAAGAAAAAUGAAAGUUCUGAAAAGCCCAGCGUUCAGUCAAGUGAACUUGAUAACAAAGAAGACUCUGACUUUUUGAAAGGCUUGAAACUGGCUUCACAGACAGUGCUAGAAACACUCCAACAAAAUGGUCGAUCUAAAUGUCCAAAGUGCCAGAGUUCAAGGAUGUUUUAUUGCUAUUCAUGUUUCCUUCUGGUAGACGGUGUCAGCUUUGAUAAGAUACCUCAGGUUAAGCUUCCUCUGAAGAUUGAUAUUAUCAAACAUCCCAAUGAGACUGAUGGUAAAAGUACAGCUGUACAUGCAAAACUGUUGGCCCAAGAUGAUGUUAAUAUUUAUACAUACCCAUGCAUGCCAGAAUACAAGGAUAAAACCCAUGAAGUUGUAGUGGUUUUCCCUGGUCCAAAUUCUAUUUCCCUUGAUGAUCUCCCAAAAUACUUACCUAACAUUGCUGACAAGCAAUCUGUUCCUACGAAAUCUUCCAAAAACAUCCUCAGUCACAAGGAGCGCAUUACAUGUGAAGGACCAGCAUUUAAACGUGCAAAAUGUGAAAAUAAUUUGGAUGGAGAAAAUCUAGUAACAGAGCAGGAUCCUGGACAGGUGAAGACAAAUCCGACCCCACUGAAAAGAGUGAUAUUUAUUGACAGCACCUGGAAUCAGACUAACAAAAUAAUUACUGAUGAGCGAUUACAAGAAUUACUUCAUGUUGAGCUAAGAACACAAAAGACACAUUUUUGGCGUAACCAGAAAGGAAAGCCCGACACCUAUCUCGCUACAAUUGAGGCUAUUUACUAUUUUCUAGUCGACUAUCACAGACUGAUUUUAAAAGAGAACUAUAGUGGUGAAUACGACAAUCUACUUUUCUUUUACUCAUUUAUGUACAGGUUAAUCAACAAAGCUAAACAUGCAGCCGGAAAACUGAACUGAACAAUUAGGUGGAAAGUGGUGAUCCUUCUGUAGAUUGACAUUUCUGAGAAAUAGUAUAAAUUCACUUUUCAAAAACUUAA